AAGCGCUCCGGAGGAGUUUCAGAGAAAGUCUGGGUGGAAGCUAGAGGCGACGGAUCGUGGGAAGGGGAGGCGGAAGGGCCAGAAGAAGGAGGGCCCGGGUCCGGGCCGCGCCUCCCCGAACCGGCCGCGCGCCCCCGGGUGGGGGAGGAGCGCAGGGGACGGGACAGAGGGGUCCCUCCCCGGAGCAGAGCCGCCUUGAGCCUUGUCCCUGCGCUGAUCCCCGCCCUUGUCGGAGACCGGAGCGCAGACCCACCCUCCCGCCGCGGACCCGCGACCUCCCCGACGCCCGGCGACGCCCCAAGCCUCGCCUCCGGUCCCCGCGCUCCCUAGGCGGAUCGGGACCUGUCCCUGCGUCCGCUGCCAUCGGGACGCCGCACGCCUUCUCGGGCGCCCUCCUCGAAGCAGGGAGAAGGGAAAGGUCGCCCCCCGCUCACUGAAAGCGCCGGCUAGCGGAGCGGAGCGGACACCGUGCGCGGGCAUUGUGUGUGCGCGUGCAGCGUGGGGUCCGCAGCAGGGAGCGCUCGCGGGAGGUCCCGUCCCCAAGGGGCGGAGCGCGGGGCUUAGAGCUCCGGGCUUCGGGUCCCGGCAGAGUCCCAGCGGAGCCCGACCGCUGCCGAGGCGGCGGGACGGCGCGCCUGGCGGCCAGGAGGGUGCACUGAAAGAAGGCCGGCGAGUUCUGGUCCCCGCGGCUCCCGUUCGGGUUCCGCUUCGGUCCGCGGAUCUGCGGAAGAGAGCUCGACCGCCGACACAGGGCGCGCGGAGCCCGGCCGCCCCGUCGAGGGAAUCUGCGAGUUCCCGUGGGCUGAGUGUGCCGGCCGUGCCCGGAGCGCGUCACUGUCUCCACUGACCCCUCCGGUGCCCGGCCCUCGAGCCCACACGGCGUGCACCAUGAGCGGCGGCGAAGUGGUCUGCUCGGGAUGGCUCCGCAAGUCGCCCCCGGAGAAGAAGUUGAAGCGUUAUGCAUGGAAGCGAAGGUGGUUUGUGUUGCGCAGUGGCCGUUUGACUGGAGACCCCGACGUCCUGGAGUACUACAAAAAUGACCACGCCAAGAAACCUAUCCGGAUUAUUGAUCUAAACUUAUGUCAGCAAGUUGAUGCCGGGCUGACAUUCAACAAGAAGGAGUUUGAAAACAGCUACAUCUUUGAUAUCAACACCAUCGACCGGAUCUUCUACUUGGUGGCAGACAGUGAAGAGGACAUGAACAAGUGGGUUCGAUGUAUCUGCGACAUCUGUGGAUUCAACCCCACAGAAGAAGAUCCCGUGAAGCCCCUUGGCAACUCCUCGCAAGCACCAGCUGACUCACCCUUAGGUGCGUCAGCCUCCACCCAGCCGGACGCCUCUCCAAUCCCACUACCUCCAUCUUACCAGCUCAUCAGCCUCCCGCCACACCCAGACACUCUAGGCCUCCAGGAUGAUCCACAAGACUACCUCUUGCUGAUCAACUGUCAAAGCAAGAAGCCCGAACCCACCAGACCCCACGCUGACUCUGCAAAGCCCACCUCUUCUGAAACAGACUGCAAUGACAACGUCCCUACCCACAAGCCUCCUGCUUCCUCCCAGGGCAGACAUGCAGUGAAUGGGUUUUUUCAGCAGCAGCUGCUGUAUGACUGCCCGCCUCCCCGAGCUCCAUCUGUCUCUGUAGACUCCAGCCUCUAUAACCUGCCCAGGAGUUAUUCCCAUGAUGUGUUGCCAAAGGAAUCUCCAUCAGGUACUGAAGCAGAUGGAGAGCUGUACAUCUUCAAUACCCCAACUGGGACUUCAAGUGUAGAAACUCAGAUGAGACAUGUAUCCAUCAGUUACGACAUUCCGCCAACACCUGGUAAUACUUACCAGAUUCCACGGACAUUUCCAGAAGGCACCUUGGGACAGUCAUCCAAGCUGGACACCAUUCCUGAUAUUCCCCCACCUCGACCACCAAAGCCACAUCCAACUCAUGACCGGUCUCCUGUGGAAACGUGUGGCGUCCCACGCACAGCCUCAGACACCGACAGCAGUUACUGUAUCCCUACAGCAGGCAUGCCGCCAUCCCGGAGUAAUACUAUUUCCACCGUGGAUUUGAACAAGUUACGGAAAGAUGCUAGCUCUCAAGAUUGCUAUGAUAUUCCACGAACUUUCCCGAGUGAUAGAUCUAGUUCCCUGGAAGGCUUCCAUAACCAGUCUAAAAUCAAAAAUGUGUUGACAGUGGGAAGUGUCUCAGGUGAAGAACUGGAUGAAAACUAUGUUCCCAUGAAUCCCAACUCGCCACCACGACAACAUUCCAGCAGCUUUACAGAACCAAUUCAAGAACCAAAUUAUGUGCCAAUGACCCCUGGGACAUUUGAUUUUUCUUCAUUUGGAAUGCAAGUCCCUCCUCCUGCUCAUUUGGGCUUCAGGUCCAGCCCAAAGACCCCUCCCAGGAGGCCUGUUCCUGCUGCUGACUGUGAACCACCCCCAGUGGAUAGGAACCUCAAGCCGGACAGAAAAGGUCAGAGUCCUAAAAUUUUAAGACCCAAACCCCAUGGUUUAGAGCGAACUGAUUCACAAACCAUAGCUGACUUUGCUACAAGAAGAAAGGCCAAGCCGGCACCUCUGGAAAUAAAGCCUCUGCCAGAGUGGGAAGAGCUGCAGGCUCCAGUCAGAUCUCCCAUCACCAGGAGCUUCGCUCGCGACUCCUCUAGAUUUCCCAUGUCCCCUCGACCUGAUUCUGUGCACAGCACGACAUCAAGCAGCGACUCUCACGACAGUGAAGAGAACUAUGUCCCCAUGAACCCAAACCUGUCCAGUGAAGAUCCGAAUCUCUUCGGCAGUAACAGCCUUGAUGGAGGGAGCAGCCCUAUGAUCAAGCCCAAAGGAGAUAAACAGGUCGAGUACCUUGAUCUAGACCUAGAUUCUGGGAAAUCCACCCCGCCACGGAAGCAAAAGAGCAGUGGGUCGGGCAGUGUGGCUGACGAGAGGGUGGACUACGUGGUGGUGGACCAGCAGAAGACUCUAGCCCUCAAGAGCACCCGGGAAGCGUGGACGGAUGGGAGGCAGUCCACAGAGUCUGAAACUCCCACCAAGAGUGUGAAGUGAAGAUCACCAUUGCCAUUGCCGAACAAAGGAGAACUGAGGAGAAGAUGGAUGCCAAGGGAAGCUGCCCAUGCUUGACUCUCUCAGGAGAGCCGGGAGCAAGCAGGAACAGAGAAAAGGACCUCUCAGACAUAUUCAAGCAAAUUAGAUUGUAAAUGGUGCUGUGUGGUGUUGAAUUUGUAACAUGUAAAUAAUGUGGGGAAAUAGUGUGUUAGUUCACAAAGGAACAUCUGCCCCUAGUUAGCACACCUGUAGUAUUACCAUGUUGAUGCACUUUUUCAUUUCAAACAUUGGUUUGGGUCUUCCCACUGUACCUUAACAGAAUUCCCUCGGGAGUUGUUUUGUCUCCACCACUCUACAUAACAAUACUAAGUGAAAUGAGCUACUUUUAGUUCUGGAAAUUCCAGCUGGAGCUACAGGCUAACACAUUAAAAUGAGAAGUCAGUUCACAAAUGGGUUUUUCCCUUGAAGGUGGUAACUAGUAGCUUAAAAGGACUUCUCCUCCAUUUUUUUCCAAAAUACUGGGGAUAAUGUAUAUACUGGUGUCAAGACCUAGUUCUUUGGCUCGUGUAUACUUAGGUUUUAAUAGCAGAACUUUGUUAUUUUUUGUUAAUUACAGAGUUUUUGGGUUCAUUGCGUGAAGGUUCUGCUGGGUGGGAUCUUGCACCUUUGAAGACUGACUCUGGUUACACUAUUAAGCCCCCACCCACAUCAUCCGCACGCAGCCUGUAUUGACAAGAUGCUCUUACACUUGUUCACAUGUGUUAAACAUUACUUGCAGAAGGUAGAUUACAUAACUAAUGAGGUACGUACAGGGCACUGACGUGCUAAUACACUGAUCAGGUUUAGACAGAGAGUUUCAGUUAGGUCUUUGUUAAUCCUAGUGUUGGUUUAGAAUUAAUGAAACAGUUGGCACUCACUGUCAGUUACAGCAACAUACUGUGAUUCUGAAUUAAGUAGACAGUAAUUCAAGAUUAUUACUCUUAAGAAUGAAAUUCUCUCCUUGACACCAUAGUGCCCUUUCUAUAAUUUUUUUUUUUACUUAAUAUUCUUCUUGGCCUUAUAUUUAAAUUCCUAUGCAAUUAAUGUUUUAUAUCUGCAUUUUUUAAAAAAAUGUCAUUUUAAUUGAUUCUUGUAUGUAGCACCUAUUGCUUUUGUGAGUAAAUGAACUAAGAAUUUUGUACUGUGAUAUGUAUUCACUGCCCCAGUUCUCAAACCAUUGAAGCCUUGCUGUGCUGUGAAACCCUGUAGUUGUGACUGCCACCCAGCCAGACCUCUGAAUCCAGCAGAGGAUGGUGCGAGUCUGUCACCUGGAGAAUGUUCAGACCAUGAAUUGGUGUCAUGGCACUGCACUUGCCUGUCUUGGCUUUGCCAAGUGAUUUGGAAAGCAGCUGACCUUGUCCAUUGUCUGCCCAAGUUCUGUACAAUCUCUGCAUUGAUCCUCAGAUCCUCACUAAUGGCUUGGGAAGGGGACACAUAGAACAGAGUGUCCACAGCUGAGGCUUGUUCAGACCUCUUAACUGUUGCCUGAGCACACAAUGUGCCCUGAUUUCUGGCCCUCUGGCCACAGUACUGUGCCUAAUCUGUGUACUAUGCUUUUUUUCUCAGUCCACAAGCUAAGUGUUCAUAACUAGAUGAAUUGUAGACAUUGGAUGCUUUUAAAUGUUCGCUUCUUUUUAAACAAAAACUAAAACCCAGAACUGAAUUUUGAGGUGGAUUUUUAAAUAAAAAAAAAUUGUUUGA